AUGUUUACUUCCCGCUUCACUAUUUUUGCCCUACUCACCUUCCUCGCUGGCGUCAACGCGGGAUGCGCAACGUGUCCAGAAACGUUGGAAGUCGACGGUGUAGCGACCUACAAACUAGUUAGCAGCUAUGUGAAGUCCAAAAACGGGUUCACAGAGUGCAGUUAUACGGAUAAGAAAGGUGACGAAGUGACCUGCGAGUAUGCGGAUAACGGCUUGUUAGAGGAUGGAGAUUCAAAGUGUCCAAAAUUGUCAAGGAAGGAUGAUUAUGGAUGCUAAGCAGGACCCGUGUGAUGUGGAAUGGGCCCGACGAGAGGAGGAAUAUUGGUCUGCAGAAAGUUGGGUAUAUCAAUAGAUCUCGUCUGCGACAAAAUUCUCUUCGUGCCUGUGUUGC